GCUGGUCAACAUUGUAGUCAGCAGCCCACCGAGUGAAGGAGACCGAAAUGCAGGAAAAUAGCACGAAAUUUGGAUAAAAUAUACGCUGAAAAAUGUGCUAUGGCGGCUUAAAAGAUUAAAGAAAACGUCAGCUUUAGGCGGCAGCAGCAUGUUUAAGAAAUUGCGCAAAAUGUUGCCUGUAAUGCGUCCGGGGCACUGGCUCGUGUUUGCCGUCAUCGUCGUCGUCACCUGUUAUUGGUUGCUGGAGAUUCGAUUGGAGCACGCUUUUAAGCCCCUGUCGAAACUGACAGACAACGGCGGCAAGGAAACGGAGCAUUCGUCUCUUGCUCGGAAUAUUCCCACUCUGGAUAACUUUGACUAUGAGGACCAACUGGUGGUGGUGUACAAUCGUGUGCCAAAGACGGGCUCAACCAGUUUCGUGAACAUAGCCUAUGAUCUGUGCAAGCAGAACAGAUAUCACGUCUUGCAUAUCAAUGUGACUGCCAACAUGCACGUCCUGUCGCUGCCAAAUCAGAUCUCGUUUGUGCGAAACGUGACCACGUGGCAUGAAAUGAAGCCAGCCCUAUAUCAUGGGCACAUGGCGUUUCUGGACUUUUCAAAAUUCCAGAUCGCACACAAACCCAUCUAUAUAAAUCUGGUGCGUAAGCCAUUGGAUAGGCUUGUCUCCUAUUAUUAUUUUCUGCGCUAUGGGGACAAUUAUCGGCCGAAUCUGGUGCGAAAAAAGGCAGGCAAUAAAAUAACCUUCGAUGAAUGCGUGGUUCAAAAGCAACCCGACUGUGAUCCCAGAAAUAUGUGGCUACAAAUUCCGUUCUUUUGUGGCCACGCUGCCGAGUGCUGGGAACCCGGCAGCGACUGGGCCUUGAAACAGGCCAAGCACAAUUUGGUUAAUGAAUAUUUCCUAGUCGGUGUCACAGAGCAAAUGUACGAAUUUGUGGAUCUUCUCGAGAGAUCACUGCCCAGAAUCUUCCAAGGCUUUCGCGAGCACUAUCAAAACUCCAAUAAAUCUCAUUUACGUGUGACCUCAUCGAAGCUACCGCCCAGCGAAUCUACUAUACAAACCAUACAAAGAUCAAAGAUUUGGCAAAUGGAGAACGAUUUGUAUGAGUUUGCCCUGGAGCAGUUUGAAUUUACCAGGAAAAAGCUAAUGCAGCCCGAUAAUAAGCACUUGCAACAGUUUAUGUACGAGAAAAUUCGGCCAAAAUGAUCGUAUUGGAAAUUCAAGGGUUACAAGGGCAAACACAAAACCCGAUAUGGUAGAUUAAAGCUCAAGGGUAGCCUUUAAUAUAUCAGGUUAUACAUUUUUUAUUUUAUUUUAUGUUUUUUUUUUGUUUUUUUCAAUAUUGUAUAUAGUUUAUCUAGCUCUGAUAUGUACUUAAAAUCAAGCAAACAACUCGUGAAAGACACUAAAGACUUUAGCAUUGAAUAUCAUUGACAUAUUAGUGAUUUUUCGUAAGUAACGCUUAUUUAGUUAGUUUAAGUCAUGAUAUUAACACUUAAAACCGCUUUCUUAGAGUUAUGUAAGCAAUAUUUAGUAACAAUUGUAACGACUAUUCAAAGCACAACGUAUUUACAUAUGCGUCUAGUUAAUUAUACUCUGUAUAAGUAUUGACAAUACCAGAAAUUAUGAAUUCUUAAGCGAUACGAAAUAUGUGCUGGCUCUGCGCAUACAAUUACCAACUAGUUUAGAUACUUAGAAUUUAUAUAUAAUGUUUAAGUGUAAUUACAUUAUUGGACUCUCAAAUGUAUAUCAGCUUUUAGCACUUGUAGCAGACGCAGACAAACUCAUCAAGUCAAAUACAUGUAAAUACAUGUUCACCAAACGAUUCUAACUUUUCUAA